AUGGCUCCCCCCUUCGCCGCGGCGUCCCACGCGUCCCUCCUCCCCCUCGCCCCCCUCGACCGCCCCGCCGCCGGCCGCCUAGCCCGUGGCACCCUCAGGCCCCACACCUCGGGCCUCCGCCUGCGCCGGCCCCCGGGGGCAACCGGGCGCGGCCGAGGGGCCAUCCCCGACGAGUGGGGCGAGCGCUCGCCGCCGGGCGCCCGCGAGCCUCCCACGCAGCCCGACCCGCCCAUCGACGCCGACGAGUGGGGCGAGCCCGGGGCGCCCGAGCCCGAGCCGCCCUCCGCCGCGGACCCGCCUAGCCCCGCCGCAGACGACGAGUGGGAGGAGGAGCUGGAGCCGCCGGAGCCGGGGGAGGAGGAGGAGGAGGACGAGCAGGCGGUGAAGAGGGAGGAGCUCAAGCGCUGCCUGGUGGACACGGUGUACGGCUCCGACCUCGGCUUCCGGGCGUCCACGGAGGUCAGAGGGGAGGUCGUCGAGCUAGUCACCCAGCUCGAGGCGGCCAACCCCACUACCGCGCCCGUCGAGGCGCCGGAUCUCCUCGACGGCAACUGGAUCCUCAUAUAUACGGCAUAUUCCGAGCUUCUGCCUAUUCUAGCUGCUGGGGCAACACCUUUGGUCAAAGUAAAGCAGAUAUCCCAAGAAAUUGACUCCAAAAGCAUGACGAUAGUCAAUGCUUCGACCCUUACAACUCCAUUUGCUUCAUUUUCAUUCAGCGCAACCGCCUCUUUCGAGGUUCAAAGUCCAUCAAGAAUAGAGGUCCAAUUUAAGGAGGGGAACUUUCAGCCUCCGGUAAUAUCAUCAUCCAUAGAUCUACCUCAACAAGUUGAUAUAUUUGGGCAGAAGAUCAGCCUGGGGCCAGUCCAGCAGGCGUUGAAUCCAUUGCAGCAAGCAUUUGCUAGCAUUGCAGGGUCCAUUUCUGGGCAGCCACCCCUCAAGGUACCCAUCCCCAGCAACAACAGAGCUCGAUCCUGGCUCUUGACUACCUACCUGGACAAAGACUUCAGGAUCUCGAGAGUAUUUGGCAAAUUUGUCUACCAAGGAAUUGUGAAGCUUGGUCAAGUUCAGCCUGGAGCCAGUCCAGCAGAUGCUGUUGUAUUUCAGCAAGCUGCUGGGUACUUUUUCGAAACGAAACCUUCUCUUUAG